GAUCAGCUCCUCCGGUUGAUUCCCGCCGAAGACUUCCGCUGCUCUGGCAUCCAGGUGGUUGAAGACAGGUCCGUGCGCAGCAUCCUCGAGCAGUGCGGUGUUCCGGUGGUCGGUGCGACCGAUGCCUUCAGAUGCCUGCCGCACCUCUCGCGCGACCGGCUUGACGCAGAGUGGUGGACGUGCUUUUUCCGAUUCCUCCUCGACGAGCGUGAGAAGGUUGAUCUAAACGAUGUUGUGGAUCAGCCCGUUUGGUUGAUCCGCGGAGAACGUCAGAAGAUGCCGACGCAUGCAGUGGCCGUCUUCUGUGCGGUGCCCGCGCACCUGCGGCCUUGGCGUGAAGAGGUGAUCUUUCUU